AUGUUUAGAGUUACUCCCAGUCAAGGUCAAACACCAACGCCCAUUCCAAGUACCUCGAUGUCUGAGGACGGCGUUUGGUGUGUAAUCUGUCAAGCAAGCAUGCACGAAUGUGAAUCUAUGUCCUCCAUACAGACCCCGUCCCAUCGGAGUGUGGAGAUGGAGAGAAUAACAACGAAGGUGUCUAAGAAGAAGCUCCCUCUGGUCAUUCAGCUCAAACCACACAAGGAGCCUGAUAGGAGCGCUACAAUUGUAGAUUGCAACAGGGUGCGAGAGACGGCCCAUUCGAAUCCAGACCCUAAUGACGUCGUUGUUCUACCGUGCACCCAUACCUUUCAUCGGAUCUGCCUCAUUAGAUGGCUACACUAUGACAAUACUUCAUGCCCAUUAUGCCGCGCAAACAUAGAUAUGGAUGGACCAAUGGGAGAGCGCAGAUGGAAGAUAAAGAAUGUCGCCAUAAGAACAAAGUGUUCCCCAGAGUCAAUCCGCCUUGGACUGAGGCCGGACGGAUGGUUUAACAUACAGCUACAGAUUGAGCCACCGCCGCAUAAGACCAUCAGACAUGUAAGGUAUAUAUUUCAUCCUGCCUUUAGUCUUAACAAACUCGAUAUUGACACGCCGCCCUUUGACCUCGUCAUGAAGCUAGUCAGCAAUUCUGUUGAUUUGCUUAUAGAGGUGUCGUGCACGGACAACACUAUAUUUACUAUGGUGCACUCAUUAGUCAAGGAGCUGUGUUGCCGUGUCUACUUCGAUGGAAUAUUCAAUGGGGUUGAUAGCUCAUCCAUAAAUGGGCUAGAGUAUUUCGAAAGCUUGCUUGAGAAUUACCAUCGCGACAAAGAUUACUACGGGGCAGCUAUGGACCCUCCCCCGCGAUUUACAAAGCGAACUAGAGAGUCGGGGAACGCUAUUUCGCGCUUUUUCCAUAACAUAUUCAAUUGA